AUGGCGCCUUAUAGGAGGAGUAAAAAGCCGCCACCCGAAGGAUGGGAGUUGAUCGAACCAACAAUCGAAGAAUUGAACAGGAAGAUGCGUGAGGCUGAAACUGACCCUCAUGAGGGAAAACGUAAGGUUGAGGCUGAAUGGCCAAUAUUUCGCAUUCAUCAUAAGAGGUCUCGGUUCAUUUAUGACUUGUAUUAUAAACGAAAAGCUAUUUCUAAAGAGCUGUAUGAAUUCUGCAUCAAAGAGAAGAUAGCCGAUGCAAAUCUGAUCGCCAAAUGGAAAAAGCAAGGAUACGAAAACUUAUGUUGUUUAAGGUGCAUCCAAUCUAGAGAUACAAAUUUUGGAACUAAUUGCGUAUGUCGAGUACCAAAGUCAAAGUUAGAAGAAGGCAAAGUUGUUGAGUGUCAAAGUUGCGGUUGCCGUGGCUGCUCUGGCUAA